CAAAACCAGCUCAGCAUUGUGCUAUCUGACAGUUGGGUGUGCUCUGAUGGUUGUUCUAUAAAGAAUGCCUCCACCUGCAAACAUAUCAGACAGCUGAGGAAACACUUAUUGUACAGGUUUCUGACAGAGAUUACUCUGCUCUUAGAGAUGUUGGAGGGAAAAGCUUGGAUCCCAGGUUUCACCCUGCUUGUGCUGCUCACAUUAUGUGGUGAAACUGCUCACUGCCAAAAUCAACACAAAGGUUCAACACAUCUGACAAACCUGAGACUCAUUCUGGUUGGAAAAACUGGAUCAGGAAAGAGUGCUUCUGGAAACACCAUCCUGGGGAGAGAAGAUGCCUUUAAAGAGGAAGUCUCACCUGAGUCUGUGACUCAAAACUGUCACAGAGAAGAGCUAAGCGAUCAUGACAGGAACAUCGUUGUCAUCGACAGCCCAGGACUGUUUGACACAAACAAAACACAAAAAGAAGUCAAACUGAAAAUUGAGGAGUGCGUUAAGCAGUCAGUUCCUGGACCUCACGCUUUUCUGUUAGUGAUCAGUCUGAAGUCAAGAUUCACUGAUGAGGAGAAGGCAGCUGUGAAGUGGAUCCAGGAUAAUUAUGGCAAAGAUUCUUCCAUGUAUACCAUAGUCCUGUUUACACAUGCGGACUUGCUAGAGGGUAAAUCUGUGGAUGACUAUUUGGCAGAGAGCAAACAUCUACAAAGACUGAUAAACGAGUGUGGAGGACGAUACCAUUCACUCAUCAAUGACCAGAGAGAAAGCAGAAGCCAGGUCAGAGAACUUCUAGGUAAGAUAGAGAGAAUGGUGAAGUCCAAUGGAGGAAAACACUACACCAAUGAGAUGUACCAGGAAGCUCAGAGGAAACUUGAGGAGGAGAGGAGAAAGAUGGAGGAGGAGAGAGAGCGAAGAAAGAGGGAAGAGGAAGAGAGGAUCAGAGAGGACGAGAAGAUGAGGAAUUGGUGUAAAAUGGUGGGUUAUGGUUCAGUGGGACUUUUGGCAGCAGGAGCAGCUGCCACCUCAUAUCCUCUCAUGAUAAUAGGUGGACUACUUGGAUUAACUCAAGGUUAUAACUGCACAAUAGAUAUGUUCAUGUAGUUGUGGGACCUGUGACAAAAAUAAAUAUGGAGGAGGCAUUAGAAAAUGGCUAAGCCUAUGAAAUCCGUUAACUAAAUCUUUAAGGCAUACUAUGUAGUAUUUACCACUGUUGUAAACACAACAUUCAGACAAGCUAGAGGGCGAAUCAAAAGAGGGAGUAGUAUUGACAAAAACAAAGCCAUGAACCAGAAACAUGAAAUGCUCUUUUCUGAUUGUUUCAUGGCGAUCUGCUCCAAAGCACAAAUGAACACAUCGACACCUCAUGCACAACCCUGCACAAAGGUGCUGUGUGGAUUUUGUGUGAAUUCGGCUGAAGCGCAAGUGUGACCUGGUAGCUACAUUUUUACAGAGUCUACAUGCUGCUGUUGGCUGGGGGCUACACGGCACUGCACAAAGCUUGACACCCAGAAAUGUCUUGAACAAACCAAAAUGAGAAAAAAAUGUGAAAAUACAGGCAGAGGGCGGGUUCUCCACAUAUACACACUGCUAGCAUGGGCCGAUUAUGAGUCCAUGGGCCCCUGGGCACACAUAUCCAAAGGACAUCACCACCUCUCCUACACAGGAGCAAGGCACACAGAUUUCUGGGGUACAUUUGUGUGUCUUUGAAGUCAUUAUGCAUCUUUUGUGGGUUUGUGUCUCUUUGUAGUCAUGUUGAGUAUCCUUAGAAUUGUUUUGUGUUUCUUGGAGGUAAAUUUGAGUCUCUUCCUGGUUGAUAUGUGUUAAUUUGACAUAUUAGGCUGGGGGUGGACCCUGACAGUUUGGGCCUCUGGGCCUUUGCCUGGUAGGCCUGUUCAGUAAUCUAUUCAUGACUGCUGGUGGAUUAUAAGUGAUGGUUGAGAGGGAAUACCUUUGUGUAAGUCUAUAUAUUGUGUUCUUGUUUUUUUUAGGAAAAUCCUGCAUGGUAUGCCGUUAAUAUAACAGUGGGAAUUGGGAACUUGUUACUCACUUAUGUUUCUUGGUGUGAUUGUGUGGGCUAAAAAAAUCUCAAUAAAGUCUUAAGUUCA